AUGGCCGAAUCUCGAAAUCAAAGGAUUCUCAAAAAUGCAACGUCGCGUCUGGAUAAGAUCCGUGCGCUCAAUUCGUCUUGUGAUGUUGACAACAUAAUCUUGGAGACUUUGUGCCCCCAACAAGAUGGGGAAAUCCAAAAACCCUUGGUUAAAGAAAAAACGCCCAUCAUUGCAUUCAAGGAAAUGUCAUCUGACGAUGAAGAUAUUCCCGCGCCCUCUUGCUCGAAGAGCAAGUUUUCUAAGGAGGAUAUAGACAUUCAAUCCUUUUUAGGGAUCUACAGUACCCCUCUGUCCAAAGGAAUCAAGAUUAUGUUGUCAACAU